AUGCUAGUACUCUUUGAGACCCCAUUGGGUUUCUGUCUAUUUAAGUUUAAUGAAGGAAAGUUUUCAAGCACGGACAUAUGGAAGGAGUUCGAGACUCCAGAACGGGCAAAUGCAGCCAUAAAACUAAAGGCCAUUCACCGCUUUGGCUCCACCGCCGAUGCGGUCGAGGACAUCACCGCAAUGCAGGAAGGCAAACUAUCGAAAGCACUCCAAGACUUCCUCACAGAUGAGGUCGUAAAAAGGGGGAAAAAGGACAAGCUGGCCGUUAUUGAUAAAACAUUAGCAUCUUCCAUACACAAGAAGCUCGGAAUCGAUGUCGUAUCAGACAGUACAUCGCUUGAUCUAUUCCGGGGAAUUCGCGGGCAGCUGGCUACCCUGUUAGAUGGUCUUAAUCCACAGGAUAUGGCCACCAUGAAUUUAGGCCUCAGUCACUCCUUGUCGAGAUUCAAGCUCAAAUUCUCCCCAGACAAAAUUGACACGAUGGUUAUUCAAGCUGUUGCUCUGAUCGAUGAUCUGGAUAAAGAGAUUAAUGUGUACUCCAUGCGAAUUAAGGAAUGGUACGGUUGGCACUUCCCCGAGAUGGGCAAAAUCGUUGUUGAUAAUCUGGCAUACGCCAAGGUGGUCAAAACCCUGGGAAUCCGUACAAAUGCGGCCAUAACAUCCCUUGCUGACAUACUGCCUGAGGACCUUGAAGCCGCAGUCAAAGCUUCCUCUGAAAUCAGUAUGGGUAGUGAAAUCUCCGAAGGUGACAUGGAGCAUAUCCGACACCUUUGUGACCAGGUUAUCUCUAUCACCGAAUAUCGCUCACAGUUGGGCGAGUACCUGCAAAAUCGCAUGCAUGCCAUUGCUCCCAACCUCACCGCCCUAGUUGGUGAGUUCAUUGGCGCCCGUCUGAUAAGCCAUGCGGGCAGCUUGAACAACCUUGCUAAACAACCUGCGAGCACUGUACAAAUUUUCGGUGCCGAGAAAGCCCUGUUCCGAGCUCUCAAGGCAAAACACAACACUCCUAAGUAUGGCCUAUUGUACCAUGCUUCACUUGUUAGCCAAACUCCUCCCAAACUUAAGGGCAAGAUGUCACGCAUGCUUGCUACCAAGACAUCUCUCUCUGCCCGCGUAGACGCUAUCGCCGAUGUAAACACAAAGUCUGAUGACCAGGCGCCAUCCAUUGGCGUUGCAUAUCGCGCCAAACUCGAGAGUCGCAUUCGUGCUUUAUCGUACCGAUCAGAUCUAAAUCCAGCACCAGGACAACGAGGUCGGGUAUCGAGGAAUCACCCCAAGUUCGAGAUGAGUGGUGGUCCAGCCACCGCUAAGUAUAACACUGCUGCGGACUCCGCAGCUGAAGAGGUGAAGGCGGACCGCUUAAAGAGGAAGGAGGAGAAUCGCGCCGCGAAAGAGGCGAAAAAAGGCAAGAAGGCUAGGAAGGAAGAUUCCAAUGACGAUCAGGGGGAGAGGAUGGAAGUAGAUGGUGCCGAUAACAAUGAGGACGAAGACGAGGAAAAGGAGAAAGAAAGAAAACGGCUGCGAAAGCUUGAGAAGAGGGCCGCCAAGGAAGCCGCACGGGCUCUCAAAGCGCAGACGGAGGACGGUGAUGGAGAGGCAAAGAAAAAGAAGAAAUCAGACUAG